UCACUUCCUGGAUGUCCACUGCUAACACUGCUGCACCAUGAAAACACACGUUUUGUUCAACUUAUUCGCCGCUUUCUUAUUAGCAGACAGCCUGAAUAUCGAGGACAGCGCAGGGCAGUUCUUCAGCAGCGGUCAUACUAACAACUGGGCUGUUCUGGUGUGCACAUCCAGAUUCUGGUUCAACUACCGACAUGUGGCAAAUACUCUGUCUGUGUACAGAAGUGUCAAGAGGCUGGGCAUCCCUGACAGGGCUGCAAUUGAAAAUGACGACAAAUUUGUAUUUCAGGUGACUGUGGAGAACUUCCUGCGAGUUUUGACUGGACGACUGCCUCCCAGCACUCCACGCUCCAAACGCCUCCUCUCUGACGACAGAAGCAACAUCCUCAUAUACCUCACAGGCCACGGCGGGAACGGCUUUCUGAAGUUCCAGGACUCGGAGGAGAUCAGCAAUGUGGAGCUGGCUGACGCUUUUGAACAGAUGUGGCAGAAAAGAAGGUACAACGAGCUGCUCUUCAUCAUUGACACCUGUCAGGGCGCCUCCAUGUACGAGAGAUUUUACUCCCCGAACCUCAUGGCCUUAGCCAGCAGUCAGGUUGGAGAAGACUCCCUGUCGCAUCAACCGGAUUUGGCCAUAGGAGUCCAUCUAAUGGACCGUUACACCUUCUACCUGCUGGAGUUCCUGGAAGACAUCCACCCUGCGAGCAAAGCCAACAUGAAUGAUCUGUUCAAAGUGUGUCCCAAGAGUCAGUGUGUGUCCACUCCGGGCCACCGUACCGACUUGUUCCUGAGGGAUCCAGGAAGUGUUCUCAUCACUGAUUUCUUCGGUAGCGUCCGCAAAGUGGAGAUCACCACGGACGCCAUCAAUCUGAGCGACCCCAUCAAGGAACUGGAGGAGAAUUCUGUUAAUGGAGAGGUGCAAAAAGAGACGUACUCAUACGUGGACCAGCUGCCGGUUUCUGAGAUCAUCCAUCAGAAACCAAAGCAGAAAGACUGGCAUCCUCCUGAUGGCUUCAUCCUGGGCCUGUGGACUCUAAUCCUCCUGGUGUUUUUCAAGACGUACGGCGUCAAGCAUCUCAAACACAUCUUCUGAGGCCUCUGCGUUUGCACCGCUGGAUAUCUGAGAGCGUAAAGCUGCAAAACCGGGAGUCUUUACUGAAGGGAUAUUAGGGGGCAGGGGAAGUUUGUGUGUCUGGAAAUGGAAAGAAGAUAUAAGGCACCACAGCACCUGCUUGGCAAAAAAACUGCGUCAUACUCUUGGUGCCUUUUUUUCUUUUCUUGUUUUUUAACUUUGGGAUGAUUGUUGAUACAUGUAUGUACUAUUUAUGUGAAGGGACACGUGUGCGUCUUGCAGCCAUUUUACAACAAUUUUAUGUGAACCGACCUCAACAUAUUUGUUUCCUCGUGUGCCGAACCUUGUGUUUUGUCAAGCCAUUCCACAAUUGCGUUGAUUUGGUUAAAAAUGCACUGAACUGAGUGUGCAGAUAAGAAUUUAAUUUAUUUUUGAGAGCGUGCUGCUCUGCAUAUUUCAGCAGCAGUAGCAGCAGCGGCAGCAGCAGCAGCAGCCGUUUUGUUUAAGUGCUACUCAGAACGUCUGCUCAGUCAGAAAAAAGAAAACGUGGGACGAGGGCAGGCUGAUUGGCUGUGAGUGGGCUGUGGAGAGAUUACUAUUUAAUGUCUCCCCUGUCCAUAUACAUUACACCCCUUGACCGUCAUAUCACACUUGUGAAGGAUAACAAUCACACAUAAUCCCAUCUUGCAUGAUGGACCCAUCCACUUUCCCAUUCACUAAAUUGCCCUCCCUGUGGAAACAUCCAUUAGCUCCCCAGCCAUGUACUCGGCUGAUUGUAUUCGGGGUGAUGGACAGCUAUUUCCCCGGCCAUUUCUGCGUCUCGUGCUACAGCAGCGAUAAGUGAGUGAUAACCUAGUAAGCCGUCGGCCGUCCCAAAUGAUUCUCCUCUACGCUGGGACGUGUUUGCUUCCAUCUCAUUCUUUUUUUUUCACCAUUCUCUCCUUGUGUAACCACUCUGCAUUAGGCUCAUUGUUGGAGGAUGGGGGGGGUGACUGAUGCUCAAAGCAUAUGGAUUGAACCAGCUGUAAUUUAUCUUUGCUCCUUUGGCAUGAGGACCCGCCCAUCGGCUGCCCGCUGCCACUCUCCCUCGCGGCUGAAGUGGAAAAUGGAUGGAGUUAGAAAUGAAACCGUAUGUAUCGGGAGGCAGCUGCUGCGUCAGCCACUACCGCGUUGUACCUUUUCUUAUACAUUAUUUAUGCAACACUUAUUUCUUCUUCUUCCCUUUCCACCACCCCCCCUCCCGGUUUCUUAUUUCCUGUGAUCUUAUUGCUCCUGCACGAGAGCACAUUUUAUUUCCUGGACGUUUCUGAUGCGCUGAUUAAACAUGAAACACUGAAUCACAACAAAAUGUAA